GGCAACAACAAACGGCGCCAAAAUAGCGUAGGCAAACUGGGAAAGUGCGAAAACCACGGCAAUUCGCAGUAAAACACGGAGCAACACACACCGCCACGAUGAGCAUGAGCAUGGACGAGUCCAUCUGCGCGUACUUCGUGAACAACCUGAAGCCGGGCGACGGUGGCGUCCAGGAAGCCGACACCCUGGAGCAAUUCGAGGCGUCGCUGGAACUUCUGGGCCAGCAGCUGGCCGAGACCCAAAUCCGGCAGAUAAAGCCCAGCGAGGGCUAUCCCCUGAUAGCCGCUGGCAACCUGACCAAAAAGGAUGUCUUCGUGCUGGCCCAAUUCGAUGGUGACUUCUUCGAGCAAUUGCAGCAGACGCGUGCCCUUAUCUUGGGGCCACCCUGCUUGAUUACCUGUCUGCGGCGCGACGAACCCAUUCCGCUGGGCAGCAGUGCCAUCUACACCACGGCCAUGCGUGAUGUACAGGUCUCGGCCACGGGUAUAACGCCCCAAAAGAAGGAGGAGCUGAGCAGGCUCAUUCACUGGAUGGGCGGCACAUAUUUCCAGAGUUUCGGCCACCGCACCACCCAUCUCAUAUCGAACACCAUCAAGUCCAGCAAAUACGAGCAGGCCACGCUGAACGGGGUACCCGUAAUGCACGUCGACUGGGUGCAGUACGUCUGGGACCAGAGUCGCCGCAGCCAGCGCGAGGGCAUUCGUGCAACGGAUCCCGAUUUCGACAAAUACCGCCUGCCAAUUUUCUUUGGGGCCAACAUCACAUGCAGCGGCCUGGAUACGGCGCGCAAGGAUCAGGUGAUGCAGUUGGUCAAUGAGAAUGGCGGAAUCUACCAUCGCGCCUUCCGCUCCCAGGUAGUGGACAUCGUCAUCACCGAGCAAACGAAGACGGAUACCGAUAAGUACAAGGCGGCCGUACGCUACAAGAAGGAUGUCCUGCUGCCGGAGUGGAUCUUCGAUAGCUCCAAUCGCGGCUACGCCUUGCCCACCAAGGACUACGAGAUACGGCCCGGCAAGAAGGCCUCCACGCCCAACAAGAGCAAUCGUUUGUCUGCGCAUCCCGCAGCGGAUCAGACCCAACUCUCGGAUCUCUCCAGGAUCAGCUUUGUCUCCGGCUCGCGACGCAUGGGCAACGAUCUGACCACCGUCAACGAAUCGAUAAGCAGUCUGGGCAGCAACUCGCCCGCCAAGGAUCUGCUCAAGCAGGCCACCAGCAGUGGCAGAAACUAUCAACAGGUGCUGGCCGAGAUUUGUCCGCGGCAGGCCAAGAAGGCGGGAUCCUUUCUGGAUGGCUGCUGUGUGUACUUGAGUGGCUUCCGGUCGGAGGAGCGGGAGAAGCUCAACAGGGUGCUUAAUACGGGCGGAGCCACCCGCUACGAUGAGGCCAACGAGGGCAUCUCCCACAUCAUUGUAGGCCAACUGGAUGACGGCGAGUACCGACAGUGGCAGCGCGACGGUCUCAUGGGCUCGGUUCAUGUGGUGCGCCUGGAUUGGUUGCUGGAGAGCAUUCGGGCUGGCCGCCUGGUCAGUGAGCUAGUGCAUCGAGUGUCGCUGCCCCAGAAUCGCGAACCCGACGUCGCCUCGCCUGCCAGCAAGCGAACCCUGCGCUCCAUGAACCACAGCUUCAAGCAGCCGACGUUGCCCAUCAAAAAGAAGCUUUUCGACCAGGAACCAGACCCGGUACAGCAGCAGCAAGAGGAGGAGCAGAAUCAUCAUCUACUAGAUCAGUACUCCCAGGAUCAGGGAGCAGUGGCACAACUGCCGCCGGCGGAUGUCAGUCUCCUCCACCCUGCGGCCAGUUCCACUCAAAUGGAAAUACACCAGCGAAAUUCUGUGGCCAAUGCCAAUCCUGCCACAACAUUGCCUUUGCCCGAUCUCAGUGCCAGCACCCUGGCCAUUGAUUACGACAAACUGGACUACUUUACGGGUCUUUCCGUUUAUGUGCACAAGGAGUGCUUCAAUGCGGAGUUCUACAACCAAAUGCUGACCGAGUGUGAGACUGCCCAGGGUCUGUUGGUGCCCUCGAGCUUCGCGGAUGAAGUGGACUUUGCCAUCGUUAGCUUCGAGGUGGCCUUCGACACAAAGGAACUGCCUGUCAAGGCUCGCCAUGUCGUCACUGAGCUGUUUCUGGAAAGCUGCAUGAAGAAGAAUGAGCUGCUGCCAUUGGAAUAUUACCACAAACACGUGCCUGCCACUGCACUUCGUAAGCCGCUUAAAGGGAUGACCAUUGUGGUCUCCAUCUAUGCCGGAUUGGAGCGGGAUUUUAUUAAUGCAACAGCAGAGCUUCUGGGCGCCUCCGUCAAUAAGACAUUCAUCAAGAAGGAGAAACCUUUGCUGGUAUGUCCCAGUGCCGAGGGUUCCAAGUACGAAGGUGCUAUCAAAUGGCACUAUCCCGUGGUCACUUCCGAGUGGUUGGUGCAGUGCGCCCGCACUGGCCAAAAGCUGCCCUACGUGGGACAUUUGGUGGGCAAGAGUCCUGAGGAUUUUCCCAUAUCUCCACGUUUACGGGAGAACAAUACAAGAACGCCAAGAAGACAGGAGGAAGCUACAUUGGUUACGGCAACAGAGGUCACCAUGGAGGAGGAGGAGAACCAGCCGGAGGCGCCUGUCACACCUGUUGCCGCCGUUGCACCCCCCGAACUAACGCCCUUGCGCAACAAAAGGGUUUCCGAGCUGGCCGGAAUUCCUGGGGGCAGCGCUCGCCAUCGGAGCAGUAGCUCCACAUCCUCUCCCGAUUCUCCGUGCACGCCACUUAGCCAGGUGGGUGCCCAAAACUACAACCUGGACUUCCUAGAGCAGUUUGUCCAGCGCUUGGAUACGGAUGAGGGCAAGGAUUGUGUGCGCCAGAUCAUCCGUGAGAUGCGGGAGAACCAAACUCCGGAGCUGGAACGCAUUCGGCGACAGGCCUGCACACCCGUCAGUCGCAAGCAUCCACGGCCAGCGCCGGGUAUCCCAGAUUUCUGUCUCACUCCAGAGUUCCAGCAGCGGAUGGCUGAUGAUUUCGAACGGCGCUGGCGCCUGCCAACCCAGAAAAUUAAGCCAGACACUCCGCUGGCCGUAGUCAGGCAGCGAAUAAUGCGGAUCACAUGCGAAACGUUGGGCAUCGAGUACGAUGAUGUUGAGGCGCCGGAGGAGGAGGAACCAACCACGCAAAAGAAGAAGCCACCGACCCGAACUCAAGCCACCAAACUCAACUUUGAUAGAUCACCGAAAACGCCCAAGCUAUCGGUGGGUAAGAAGACGCCUCUCAGAGUCUCCAUGGGCUCACCCCGCAACGCCUCAACUCUAUCCCCCUUCGUGCCCAAUACACAGAGUCCAGCAGAAGCAGCAGCAGUUCCACGGCAAUCAGAGGAAGCAACUGUGAGCAACGACGAAGGGCAAAGCACCAUUGACUUCGACAAGAUCAGUUUCGAGGAGUCCGCAGCUCCCAUUGUGGCGCCAGAUGUCAAACAGAUCACGGACUACCUAAAGAACUGCGAGACGCGAAGAAACAGCCUGAAACGCAGCCACGACAGCGAUAUGGAAUGCGUCGAGAGCGAGGUGCAAUAUGUGCAGCCCUUUGAAUCAGAAGGCUUCGCCCUGGGCACCGAGGACAUGGUCGACUGGCGCGAUCCGGCGGAAUUUAAUGCGGCCAAGAGAAGAUCCUCGGGCGGAUCACCCAAGAUGCAGCAUAGGGGCACGCCCUGCUUUAGCAUCUCGUGCGGCGACGAUGAUGAAAAGCGAACGGAGCUAAUCGACCGGAUCACCCAAAUGGGCGGCCAGAUGUGCGAGAAUCUGGUGAACUACGAUGAUGCCUGCACCCACUUGCUGUGCGAGCGUCCGAAUCGCGGCGAGAAGAUGCUGGCCUGCAUUGCGGCAGGGAAAUGGAUCCUGAACCUUCAGUACAUCGAACAGUGUCAUGCGCGAGGGCACUUUCUGGACGAAGCCCUAUACGAAUGGGGCAAUCCGAAGGCUCUUAAUUUGCCGAUCCUAGCGCCGGAGGAGGAGCCCAUUGCAGCCGCCGUCCAUCGUUGGCGCACCGAGCUGGGUGCGCGCGGUGGUGGCGCCUUCUCCGAACACCGUGUGAUCCUCAGCUUGCACGAGCGGAGUGGGGUGCCCAUCAGAAAUGUAUUGCGUGCGGGUGGAGCCUGCAUCCUGGAACCGAAUUCACCGUUUUCCACAGAUCCUGUGGCUUCCACAGCCACCCAUUGCUUCGUGGAUGCGAAGAAGGCGCCGCUGUCGUCCAGGGAUAUGGCCUAUCUCAUCCAGUGCGGUGUGCGCGUGCUUAGCCAGAUGUCCAUCAACGCCUAUUUGAUGAACGGCAGGGAAGCCGAUCUAGGGAAGUACGAGCUCAAGUAAAUGGACGCUCUUAAACUAAUCCAAAUUCAUCACCUUUUUUUUGUAUUUUAUUGUUCCUGUUUGAAAUUGAAAUUUGUAGUUUAUAUAGGCUAUAACUGUUUAAAUUUAAAUUAGUUUAUUGUCAUUAUUUCUAAUUAUAAUUUUGAAUUUUUUAUUUUCCAUUUCAAAUCAAUUUGUUUGAAAAAGUUUGGUAUUUCUCCAAGAAUUGUUUAUAAUCUCUAUAUGUACCAAAAUGAAAGCAUUAAUGGGCUUAAAAGCAAACGAACUGAAAA